CCAGGUCCCGCCGCCAGGCUUUGCGCCCCGCAGCGCCCGCCCGCCAGCCGUGCUCGCCCCGGUGGGUGUGGCUCGGCCUACCCCGCACCCAUGGCUCCCUUCCCGUGCCCCUCCGCAUUUCGGCCUUCUUUCCGAGUGCCUAGCUCACUACCCCGCAUCCCUACCCCGCCCGCGGACCCAGGACCCCGGGCGAGUCCAGAUGUCCGAGGCGUCAGGAAACCUCAAUAGCCUACGCAUGGCGAACGUGGCCCUGCGAGAAGAAUUAAAUGCCCUUCGCGGGGAGAAUGCCAAUUUGGGCCUUCAGCUCGGAAGAGCCCUGGCUGAGGUGAAUUCCUUGCGGGGCAAUGUCUCCAGCUUUGUGCGCUGGCCAGUGCCGGUCCUAGCGGAGGAGAACUUUGAGUUCCCGCUCAGCGAGAUAGACUCCGUGCCCGAGGGCGAACUGCCCUUCAUGUGCUGGCCUCCCCCACGCACGGAGCCCGAGCGCGCCUCAGAGGAGCUGUUGGUCAACGCCAUCCAGGACUGCGGCACCUCAGAAGGCCAGGUCGACCCUCCCCCGCAGCCCAGCCCGCCCCCGCCAGCGCCGGCGCUGCCCCCUCCCGCCUCCAAGGAACUGCCCCCGCAGCCUCCUAUGCCGCCUCUGGAGUGGCCUGAGCUAGAGCCCUUUUCAGGCGACCCGGUCUACCUGCCUGAAUUCCUGAUGCGGCUAGAGACCUUCAUAGCCGACCAGGAGGAUCAUUUCCCUGGGGGUGCUGAGCAGGUGGCCUUUCUGAUUUCCUUUUUCACUGGUGACACCAAGGACUGGGCCAUCUCAGUCACCCAGGAAGGAAGCCCCCUGCAUGCCAACAUCCCGCGCUUCCUGGAUGAAAUCCGUAAGAAAUUCUAUGGCCCCAUCCCCCCAAGUGUGGCCAAAAGCAUCCGCAAGCUUACGCAGGGAAACUGUACCCUAGGCAGCUAUGCAGAUGCUUUUCAGUUCCUGGCCCAAUUCUUAUCUUGGGAUGACUGCCGCCUUCAAAACCAGUUCCUCAAAGGCCUUUCAGAAUUCUUCCGCAAGGAGCUCUUAUAGUCAACUCAAAUGGCCGACCUGGAUGAGCUGAUUCUUGAAUGUGUGGAUAGAAAAGUGCGUGUCCCUAAGCCAAUCCCACUCCCUGGGGUUCGCAAUAUCUUCUUCCCUUUUGCUGCAGACCCUAAUGUCGAGGGCAGUGGAGAAGAGCGCUACAGUGAGGAUGAAGAUGCAGAGGUGCACAGGCGCAGGCUUCACAAGGACCAGCGGAGGUGUGUGAGAGCUAUUCAGCAAGAGAUGAGGGAGCAGGAGGAAAAGAGGAAAAAGGAGGAAGAGAUGAGGAAGGAGGAGGAGAUAUAACAGAACCAGGAGGCGGACAACGACAAUGAAGACGAGAUCGUGGUGAAUGAUACAGAUGAGAAAGAGGAAGAAAUGAGGAAGAAUAAUGAGGGUGAGAAAAAGGAUGAGGAUAAGGGCCAGGAACCAGGGCAGGAGCCAGAGCAGGAACCAGAACCCGAGGAAGAGACAGAGGAUGAGGCCCAGGAUGAUGACCUAGAUGAGUUCAUGGACGUGAUGCUGACCUAUGCCAAUGCUUCAUCCCAGACUUCAGGCUUCUAUUAUGAAAAUUUCCUAGAUACAUCACCUCCCAUAAUACAGGCCAGCAGACGGAGGAACCAGAAUCGAGUCCCACUGCUGGAGGGCCUUCCAGGUACCAAUUCACCCUUCUACAGUUCACCACCACUGAUUCGCAGGGCAGGUCGGUUGGUGCAACGCCAAACUCUAAGGCAGCCCCCAGUACUAUUCCGCCUCACUCCACGACAGGGAGGCCAUUGGGCUGCACGUGGCCGAAUUCGCAUGUGAGUGCUGGGGGAGAUGGCCACCCAGAACACACCCUUCCACUGCGUCCCCUCUACUUGCUAUUGCUGCCACACCUUGCCCCCUUUUCUGACUAGUACUUAAGGGAGUUCCAGACCUGAAGAACCUGAAGAAGGCCUGUAGAACUCCAGACCUUCUUGCAGCCAUGACCACUUGGGAAAGGAGGGGUCAGCAAUAGCUGUCCUCUUGACUGUGCAGUCUGCUCAGUCCUACCACAAGCUAGUGAGCAGGUUUCUGGGCCUAUUCCUGUAAAUGAACUGGUCAUCCCCUUGCAUUUCCCCUCUAAUUGUUCCUAACCCUGUGUUCUAUGAUUUUAUCAACUCUGACUGGCUCACCAGAGCUUUACCCAAUACCUCAAUAAUCUGCCCCAAUAAGUGAAAGUAUGGGCUACACUGAACUCCUGAGGACAUUUACUAGAUAUAAUCGACAGAGAGCAGGAUGGGAUCCAUAAAUGUGCCUAGAAGCUUACACUUGGUUCAUCCUCCAGCAGAAGGGCCCAAAGAGGACCCUACAUGUAGUCUAGUGAGGGUGGGCAAAGCUACUUGUCAAAUGGACAUUUCACUGAGGUUUGUCCUUGGUGGCUGAGCAAGCUAGUUCAACCUUCCCACAGACUACUGUAUCAGGGUCUUUGGACAAGCUCACCAAAUCUGGGGCCCUUUCUUCUUACCACACUGCCCUCCCAGGCAUCCCUGGUGGACAGAACUCAGUGUUACCCCCUUCCUUGGUGUCGCCUGGAAAAUGGGGGAGGAGGAAGAAGAGGAGAAAAAAGCAGCAACAACUCAGUUUGACAUUGUGAGGAGUGACACUUUCCUUAGGGAUGGUGGUCUCCUCCCUAGGCCAGGUCUUGGACUGCAACCCCCAGCCAAAGGUCUUUGCAGGAGACUUGCCAUCUUUGGGGGUUCAUAGAAGGCCUAACUGGCCUUUCCUUCCCGGACUACCAAUGACAGAGAGGGCCCAAGGCCUGCUCUUUAACUUCAACUUAAAGGAUUCUGUAGUUCUCAGAAGAGAGAGGAAGUUUCUCUCUACAGAGACU